AUCCUGGACGACGGGGGAGACCUCACACACUGGAUUUAUAAGAAGUACCCAAACAUGUUCAAGAAAAUCAAAGGCAUAGUUGAAGAGAGCGUCACCGGGGUUCACAGGUUGUACCAACUCUCAAAGGCCGGGAAGUUGUGUGUUCCCGCGAUGAACGUCAACGAUUCAGUCACCAAACAGAAGUUCGACAACUUGUACUGCUGCCGGGAAUCUAUUCGGGAAGGCCUUAAAAGGACAACCGAUAUGAUGUUUGGAGGGAAACAGGUGGUCGUCUGCGGCUACGGAGAGGUGGGGAAAGGGUGCUGCGCCGCCCUGAAGGCCAUGGGCUCCAUUGUGUACGUGACCGAGAUCGACCCCAUCUGUGCCCUACAAGCCUG